ACCCCCUUGCUGACGUCACACGCGGUCCGGCUACAGAAUGCGCAUGGUCUAUAGGGGAGUCAUCCGGCACCACGUGCACGUCACUAAUGCUUAAACGCAGGAAAUUUGACUGAUGUCAACAUCACAUGAUUUGUUUAUCAAGAUUCUUAGCUUUGCGCACUUGCCCUGUGCUUGCCCUGGUCAUGGACCUUUUUGUUAAUCAGAAAUGUGAUGCAAUAAUGAUGUCACAAUGCAGAAGAAAUACAUAAUCUAAACCACUAAUGAAAUCAUUGACACCACUCACUGUUCAAAAAUGCAUUACCAAGUACCCAUACCUUUUGAGCAGAACAACGAGUUUUUACUUUAAUGCAGGUAUAACAAUGUUGGUAUGUGGUUCAUAUUUUGUGACUACCCAUUCAAUUUGGUGAUGAAAGUUUUGCAUACAAAAUAAUGAAACAGUGCAAGCCAGACAGUACAUUAUUCUAGUAUCAACAACUAUGAAAUAUUAUUAGUUUCCAUUGGACCUACACUGCAUGCUUAUCAUCCCUUCUGCAUGCUCUUUGGUAGACUUUGUUCCAAGUCUGCGAUCGUGGUUUUUAGUAUACCCGAUAGCCAAUAAAUAUUCCCUGAAAUAGCGCCCUCUAGUAUGUAGAUUAACCUCUACCCAUACCUACGAUCAUGAGUUGGGGCACAUGAUAGCUAAUCUGUGGGGGCGUUUUUCGUGGAUACAGAGGAAUAACCGCAAUCUCAAACUUGAAAUCAAGUCUAGCUCUUUGGGGGAGCUGGGACCACACAUUGCGUAUCUUUAAACAAAAUACCACUUUCAUCUACAUAUGCGUCAGUCCACAAAACGCACCAAAUUAUUUUUGUUUUAUUUGUACAUUAUUAAUACAAUGGGGAGAUCAAUAUAAUUUACCACCAGGUGGUGUUUGAGGCCAUGUGCGAAUGUACUUAGCAUAACAUUUGUUCAUCCUGUUGACUAUUGUUAUUGCACGAGUCACUGCGUGAUUAAAAAUGAGGUUUAAGUGCAUUCAGGAUAUCGUCAAGUUAUACAUAUAUCACUAAUAGUAAACUUUAGAUUAGGUUCAAGCCAUGAAGAUAUCUGCAGUAUAUCAAGAUAUGGUAAAUUCAGGUCGGGGUAUACAUGUAAUAAUAUUAAUAUAACAUUAUUGAUAUUCAAAAAAAGCAGAUCCCAUCCGACCAUUGGUUUUCCAUAAUUAUGCCAUACAACCCAAUGUCAGGUGGGAAAAAUGAGAGACGUGCUUAUGUUAUGAGUCUGUGACCGUUGCAAUCAUAACAGGAAACUGUAAUGUUGGACAGCUAUUAGUUGUUUCCCCAACUCAUGAGUCACAGUCUUUCCUGUGGAUUUGUACUAGAAACUCCAUCAACAGUAAGCUUUCAGACAAAACCACUUCUCACCACCACUUAGGCUACAGGUUGCUUUUUAAACUUAGUGUUUUGUGGACUUUGUUGUAUUACGAUUUUACAAUGGCAACCGGUGGCAUCACAGUUGAAUCAGUUCUGGGGAAGAUCAGCAGGGAUCAUCUUGAAUGUGCAGUCUGUUCAGACAACUUUAAGAAUCCCAAAGUUCUGGACUGUCUGCACACAUUUUGUCUCAAAUGCCUCCGCGAGAUGAGAACACGGCAAGAUCCUAAAAACAAGAAGCUCAUCUGUCCGAUAUGUAGAAAAGAAACCAAUUUGGAGAAGAUCGAAGUAGAUGAUCUGCCUCAUAAUUUCACUCUAGAUGCUUUGGUGGAUGAGCUAUAUGUACAUCAGAAGCUUCUGGGGACUGAACCAUCGCGUGUCACGUGUCAGUCAUGUGAGGAAGAAGAUCAGACAGCCGUUUCAAGAUGUAUGGAUUGUGAUCACUUUCUUUGUCAGGAUUGCCAACGAGCUCAUGGCCGGUUGGCAGCUUUGAGAUCUCACACGACCUACACACUUGAUCAGUUUCGUUCUGGAGAGAUCGUCUACACAAGUAAAUUGAGAGAACACAUUCCAAAAUGCCAGAAGCACUUAGACCAGAGUCUAAGCAUUUACUGCAAUACCUGUGAGCAGAUGGCAUGCACUACCUGUAGUGUACUAAAUCAUGGGCAACAUGCCCUCGUUGGCAUACCCGAAGCAUAUGACAACUUCAAACAACAGGUGGCAGAUCUGGUUUCAAAGGUAAAAAAUAAGACCAAAGAGCUCCAGGAUGCCAAAGACACAGCAAACAUGUUGCAGAAGAAGUUGGACACAUCAUUUGCUGAAACUACGAGGAAGAUUUCCCAAAAAGCCAACGAUGUGGUUGCAAAGCUCAUAGAUGAAGAGAGGAAGUUGACGCAAGAGACAGAGAAGAUUUACAAAGAAAGGUCUGAGACAUUUAACACUUCUGCCGUUAAAAACAGCAACAAAGCAGACCACUCGGAGCAGAAGCUAGCUGAUGUGUGCAGUCUAAUGGCUGAAACAAACUGCUACGAGGUGCUAGACCUCAAGCAGAAAAUAUUGUCUAAUCUCAAAGAACUAACAAAGAAAAAACCAACAAUCGCACCUGAAUAUCUGUCACUUUUUCACUUCGAGGAGGAAGAAGAUUCCAUUGGGGAACUGGUUUUGAAAGACCCACCGAGUAUCGUGCCUCAAACUCGGCCCUUACACAGUGGGGCUGCAGUUUAUAAUGGAGAGGAGCGGGUAUCACAAAUCCUGAAACAAUUGUCUCUUCAGACGAGUGUCAAACAAGGGCGGUGGGUAAAAAAAACAGAAGUAUCGGACCAACUGGUCAAUGCAUGCUAUGUUGGAGUUUUUGCAAACAAUAAAAUUGUUGCUUCCGAUUAUGACAACAACACAAUAGUAACCUUUUUUCCGUUGCGUAAGGGCAAGCGUCAAUUCCAAGUCGCCUUAAAUUACGUACGUUUUCACGGGUUAAUAGUGAACAGGAAUGACAAGCUCAUAGCUCUUGCAAACACCUCAGUGAAUGUGUAUGGGGAUGAUUUGUGUGUUAAGUUCACACCAGGUACAAAACUAAACAUCAAACCAGUAGGUAUUGCAGUAAGUAAAGAUAACAUAAUAGCAGUGAGCUACGAAGGCACUGGGAAAAUCUCUUUACACAAACUCGAUGGAACCUUCAUCAAAAUACUAACGGCUAAAGGGGUUCAUAGAUAUUUGACUUUCCACAACAAUAACGUGAUUUACACCCGUACCAAACCAUGCUCUCAAUCACUGGUAUCAAUAGAUUGCUCCACUGGUAAAAAGGUGUUUACAGUCGACAUUGAUGACAACGACAACAGCAAUACUGACCCAACUGGUGUCUGUUGUGACAAUGAUGGAAGCAUCUACGUAGCAUCGCACAGACACACUGGGGAGAUUCACCACUUCGGUCCCAUGGGUGAACACAUGGGGCUUGCCAUCAAAGGGUGUGGUAAAGCGAGAAAUAUUCUCAUCACACCAGGUGACGAGUUAGUGGUAGCUGCAGGAGACACGAUUAACGUAUAUCAUCGUGUGCCAGACAGUUAAAGGACUGGAAACGGGAAUACAACCUAACUUCUACUUUACUCACCCCUGCUGACGUAACACGCGGCUACACUGCCAUAGUCUUUUAGGGGAAUCAGGCGCAAUGCUCACAGAAACUAGACUGACGUCAUUUUCAUGAUCUGUUUACCAACAUGCUUAGCCUGAGCAUGUGCCCGACUUUGAGGUCAUUGGCCUUUGGUCAAUCAGAACUGUUGAUAUAAAGCAUGCAAUAAUUGUAUAAUAUUGUCAUUGUUAAUACGAAAUGUAUACUCUGAAGUGUUAAUGAAAUCAUUGACAACUCACUAUUCAAAAAUACAUUAUCAAGUACCCAUACCUUUUUAAGUACCACUUUUCACUUAAUGAUAGAUAAAACAAUGUUGUAAAAAAUGUAUGAUUUGAGGCAUUGCAUGGUGAGGUAUCAAUAUAUAUUUGGUUUGCGGGAACACCAUGGUGUUGUUCUGCAUGCCAAGUAUAUAAUGUUGUAAUAGUUCAUAUUUUGUCACAUUUGUAAAUACCUUGUACAAUUUGGUGAUGGAAAUUGUGUAUUAUAAAAACAAUUCAACAAGGCAUACAGACAACGCAAUACAAAAUACAUAUUGCAUGGUCUGAGAGUGCAAGAUAUAGAGCGAGCAAAACACAAAAUGCAUGUUAUGAAACUCCAUUUUGUCUUGAUUUAAAACUAAAGAAUUAAACCGUAGUUAAUAAUGGAUUUGUAUCAACAAGUAUAGAUUGGUUUGUAAACAUCUGAUGGGGGAAAGUAUACAUUGACUGGAAAUGUCUGUUGCUAACAUACAUGUAAUACCGGUACAAAAUAAGAGCAACAAUUGGUCCAAUUUGACAUAAACUUGUUUUAUUAAUCUUUUUGACAAAUACUUGUUAUUUAUUUAUUUAGAUUUUUAUAUUUGCAUCUCCGCUCAUUCUUAAAGAAUUGGCCCAAACUUCAUCAAGCUAGAAAACAGAACAUAGUGCACGAAACUCCAGUUGUUCUAAAAAAGAACAACUGCCACAAACCAAUUAGCCCUAACUCCGCUUUAACAUUCUAUAAUUUGUUCAGAAUGUUGCCAGUAAACUCACCUGUAUGGCUAUAGGCUUAAACCAGGCAACCCAUAUGAUACCUAAAAGCCGGAGUGGUGGUAAAUGAAGUAGACCAAUUUCAAGGCCAGCCACCAUCUAAAUGUAUCGAUCCUAGCUGGUAUUCAGUACCCUGCUUAGCAAAAGUGUUGUGCUUAACAGCUUCAUGAAGUUUGCCAUUGUAUCUAUGUAUUGUAAGUUUUAAAUAUAACACAUACGUCAAAUGUGUACAGCAUAAGGCUAAGAAAGGCUUGUAGAUAUUGGUCGCUUAAUUCAAUGUAGUUUUAACAAGUAAGUUUUAAUAUAAGAAGUAACAGCAUGAAGUGUCACAUUGUCAUCUUUCCUAUUAAAGGCACUGGACACUUACGGUAAUUACUCAAAAUAAUUGUCAGCAUAAUAACUUACUUGGUAAUGAGCA